AUUUGAUAUGAAACAGAAUAAGAAAUAGAAAUAAGAAAGAACACAUCCUCACCUUGUACUUAAAUUUGCGACUCAUGUUAUAUACAUCGCACGUGGAAAAGCAAUUAGCUUAAGCAAACUGCAAUGAACAGCAUAGGAGAGGCUUGUAAUGAUCUCAAAAAGGAAUACGACGCCUGUUUCAACAGUUGGUUUUCAGAUCAUUUCUUGAGAGGCAGUACUAAUGAUUCUAUGUGUGCACCUUUAUUUAAAGUAUAUCAGCAAUGUGUUAAGAAAGCCAUGAAAGAUCAGAAAAUUGACCUCCAAGAAGUUAGUGCAGAUAUUCUUGGUGGUACUAAGGAGAAGAAGAUAGAAACCUCAUAAUGCACUUGUAUGCACUAUCGAUCACCUUAAAACCCCUUUGAACAGGGAAUCACAAACUAUUUCAGAAUUACAUACCCACCAUCAAGAUGAACAAGCUCUUCGCUAGGAUUUCACUACAUUUAGAUGGGGCAAUCAUUGUUCACUGAUAUGAAAAAUGUGAUGUUAUUUGGGAAACUGAUUAGAGAGAUGAAAAAAUGUUCUGUAA